UCGUCUUUACGCCGGUCUCUUUCCUCAGUCCUCAGUCAGCUCUCGGGCGCUUUGCGAGUCACAACUUGCUCUCCGUGGAGGGAUAAACAAUUCAACACCGAUAAAAAAAAAAAGAAGACACACCAGCAAGACUGAGAACAAUUAAAUAAACAAUUGAAUAAUAAAUAAAACGUCAAGUGCCGAGUAUCGUUGAAUCGUCGGUGACAAACGGUCUGAAGUAAAAUUACUCCGUGAAGUUGAAUUCCGUUUCGAUUGUGGUCUGAUGACAAACAAAUGGUCGACAAUACUCAACGAUAGUGGCAGUUUUACUCGAGUUUGUGUUUAAUAAUUGCUUCAAUUAUUAUUAUUUUUAAUUCACCGUUUGUCGACGUUUAACCUUUGAUCUCAGUGAGUCAUAAACACGUCACGCUGUGAUAUUGCCACGGGACAAAGGAAGUGAGGACAAUUUCAAUUUGUUUUAUUUUUCUUUUUUUUUUUUGUUCUUGUUGGUGGUUAACUGUUGUGUUUAGCUGGUGAUUUUAAUCGGCAAUAUGUCCACUGCCGUCAUGAGUACACCCAUGUUCGAGUGCACCGAGCAUUUGUUCAAGAACGCCGGCCAGUCAAAGCCAAAGGAUUCAAAUCAUACUGGUCACGCACCUCUUCGUCGUAGUUACACAUCAUUGGUAACACUGAUCGAGCAACAUCGUAAACUCGAUCGAAGUGUGAGUGAGCCAACGUCACGCUACAAGACGGAGUUGUGUCGUCCAUUUGAGGAAUCAGGUGCUUGCAAAUACGGUGACAAGUGUCAGUUUGCCCAUGGUUACAGUGAGCUGCGUAAUUUACAACGUCAUCCAAAAUACAAAACCGAAUUGUGCCGUACAUUUCACACAAUAGGAUUCUGUCCAUACGGUCCACGCUGUCACUUUAUCCACAAUUUUGAGGAGGCAAGAAUUCAUAAUCAAAAAGUUAGCGCACAAUUGGGUAGCACACAGCCAAAUAUCAUGGGACUGAGUCCAUUAUUGAGUGCAAGUGCAGCAGCUGCCAGUAUCAAUAUGAAUAUAUCACUGCUUGAGCAGAUAACAUCACCUCAGAUGAUGACAAAUAAUCCACCACCACUCAUCAGAGCCAAUUCACUCAGCAUAGGUACACACCAGACAUUCAAUAAUCCACCGUUGCUCAGAACAACAUCGUUGAGUCUCGCUACACCGCAGUCUCACAAUAUUCAUAAUGUUCAUCAUACGUCGGUUAUUGGUGGUGCUAGACCAAAACCGUUGAAUCUGAGUCCAACAUUUUCACUUGGCAGUACAGCUGACUCUGUAUCACCUUCAUCAAGUCUCAGUCAAUCACCGACAAAUUCAAUGGCUAGCUUCUUCAGUGAUGAUUGCUCAUCAGCACCUACUACUGCAUUCAGCUUUGGACAGGACUUUGGUUUACUGCAGACGAGGCACACACCCAGUCCACCAAGUGGCAAUAGCCCAUUAUCUGAUGAUAUUGCACCAAGAACACCUUCACCGUUGUCACCAAAUGCUGAAUCGAGACUUCCAGUUUUCAAUAGGAUCAGCAGUGUCAUUGGUGAUUUCGAUGGACUCAAGAUCUAGGCUCUCAAAGGUUCACACCCUUUCUUUAUUGCUCUUGAUUGUUUUGAGGAUUCGUCAACCAAAUUAUCCCAUUAUUUUUAACACUUGGGGUUUCAGGGGCUUUUGCUCAUUAGGUUUUCACGAUUUUUUUUUUUUUCUUUUCGAUUUUCGGUAGGUUGUGAAUCCUUUUGUCGACGAUUUAUCAUCAUUUAUCGUUUUAUCGUGUAAAGACAUUGUGACCCGGUAGUUUUAGGAUUAAUCGAUAGAAUUUCUUUCUUUCUUUCGUGAUUGAGAGAUAAUCGCGAGCAGGUGAGACGUUGCAAUAUUCCAAAAUAUAUUGGGGAGACACUUUUAUCGGGACUCUUCGUCUUUCCGAGAUGUCGUUUAUAAUAUAUUGGGGAUUUUUUCUUUCUUUCUUUCUCUUUUUUUUCUCUGACGGUGUUUCAAAGUGAUAAUGAUGGAGUUUUAGAGCUAUCGGUUUAAUCAAAGAUUGGGUGAUGAUUUGGGAGAUCAUUGUGAGCGUAGAUUAUGUUUAACGAGGUUUAGAGUUUAGGGUAGAUUUUACCGGCUAAUUUAGUAACUUUAAUUGUCUUCCAAUGUUUAUUAAUUUUUUUUUUUUUUUGCUUAGUGAGAAUGAAUGUGAUUACAAUUAUGGAGAGUUGAUGAAUGGACGCGGUGGAUUUUUAAAAAGACGAGAAUUAACUUGGAAGUUAUUUCAUUUGAUGAUUUUUUUUUCUUUCGGCUCUUUUAGGAUUUACUGAUUUAUCAUUUAUUCUGACAAAAUGAGCUUUUUAAAAAUCAAUAACGCGCAUUCGGGGAAUAAAAAAUUUUUGGUUUUACGUGGAUAGAUGAGUAAACGGUGAGCAAAGGAAAUUUCAACUCAUUGAAAUAUCACUUUUUCACGUUCUCUUUACCUUUAAUUUAAUUAUGAUGAAUAUGAAGAAAAAUUGAGGAAAAAAAACAAAAAUGUGAUAUGUAACUAUUUGCAAU